AUGACUAGGUGCUCAUUUGUCACUACCACGUCGUCCGGGCGCAUUUCUCGAUGCGCAUGGAACGCUACUCAUGUAUGUGGAAGGUGUGAAACGCACUGUCCGUGCCCCAAGUGCGUGGUCGGAGACUGUCACGCAGUGCGAAGCUGCACGCGCUGCCGACGAUGCCGUGUGCAUUGUGAGCAGGGCUGCAGGCGCAACAGUUACCAUGUUGUUGAAGACCCGCAUCCUGUAGUUCGUGCCAUUACGCGGGCUAUAGAAGGCCAGUCGACUCACUUUGUGAGUCGCGCCGACAGGCAUGGACGCGGGGAGCAGGAGCGCGACCUCGCGUCGUCGGCACUCAGCGGCACGCUCACAGACAGCGAGUCGCAAGGUUGGGGGACAGUCGGUGUGUGCGAUGCUAGUCGUGGACCGCGCCGCCGAGUUGGUGAUGUGUCCCCCCCUGACCCAGAUUACCCUUGGUCGCGGCGUAGAUCACACAGUAGCGACGACGUCAUCGGGACCACUGGUGAUGAGGACCCCAAGCCAGAGUACAGUGCCAAAGAUUCCAUCCGAGUGUUCAACGCUUCCCGGCGGCAUAUUGCUCUACAGUGGGCUCAGUCCACCAAGUUGUGCCAGGAAGAAGGGCUCUGUCCGAUUCCCUGGGAUGUAUGCGACUUUGGAUACGUGCAAAAUUUGCAUGUCCGGAGACUCUAUACCACGAUUGGAGCUAUACAACGGUUGGCCAUCGGUUUCAGCUUAAAUAUAGAGGUCUUACGGUUUGGAUAG